CGACUCAUACGAGCGAUUCGCUCGCGAGUCGGACAUCGCGAGUGUGUGAAUGUAGCGUGGUUAGAGCGCAGAGAGAAAAGUUCCUCUCCGAACAACAACCGACCGAAGAAAUGUCAGGAGACGACGAGCAGCAGGAGCUGACCAUCGCCGACGACCUGGUGGUCACCAAAUACAAAAUGGGUGCUGACAUAGCGAACAAGGCUUUGCGGGCCAUAGUGGAGGCAGCCAAGCCUGGAGUGUCCGUGGUCAGUCUGUGCGAAAAAGGGGACGCUCUCAUCGCAACUGAGACCAGCAAGGUGUUCAAAAAGGAGAAGGAUAUAAAGAAAGGAAUUGCCUUCCCGACUUGUGUGUCUGUCAACAACUGUGUGUGCCACCUCUCUCCUCUGAAGAGUGAUCCUGAUUACACACUGCAGGACGGCGACUUGGUUAAAAUUGAUCUUGGAGUACAUAUGGAUGGAUUCAUCUCCAAUGUAGCUCACAGCCUUGUUGUUGGUGCAACCAAGGAAGCUCCAGUGAUGGGGCGGAAGGCAGAUGUGAUCAAAGCAGCCUAUCUUUGUGCUGAGGCAGCUCUGCGACUGGUUAAGCCUGGGAACCAGAACACUCAGGUCACUGAGGCCUGGAACAAGAUUGCUCAGUCCUUCAAAUGCACAGCCAUCGAGGGCAUGCUGUCCCAUCAGCUGAAGCAGCAUGUCAUUGAUGGCGAGAAGACCAUCAUUCAGAACCCCACAGAACAGCAAAGGAAGGAUCACGAGAAGGCUGAGUUUGAGGUGCAUGAAGUGUAUGCGGUGGAUGUGCUGGUCAGCACCGGAGAGGGGAAGGCUAGAGACUCAGGACAGAGGACCACAGUUUACAAACGGGACCCGAGCAAGCAGUACGGGUUGAAGAUGAAGACCUCAAGGGCGUUUUUCAGUGAGGUGGAGAGACGCUUUGAUGCCAUGCCCUUCACCCUUAGGGCAUUUGAGGAUGAGAGCAAGGCUCGAUUGGGAGUGGUAGAAUGUGCCAAGCACGAACUGCUGCAGCCCUUCAAUGUCCUGCAUGAGAAGGAAGGCGAAUAUGUUGCACAGUUUAAAUUCACCGUGCUUCUCAUGGCCAACGGCCCACUGAGGAUCACCAGCGGCCCUUUUGAGCCGGAGCUCUACAAGUCUGAGCAUGAGGUGCAGGAUCCUGAGCUCAAGGUCUUGCUGCAAAGCUCAGCCAGCCGGAAGGCACAGAAGAAAAAGAAAAAGAAGGCCUCUAAGACAGUGGAGAAUGCCGCAGGACAACCAACGGAGGAGGAGAACGAGACAGCCAAGUAGCCCCCUCCUGCCCCUAAUGCCAGCUAUUCUGACCGACAGAGAAAGACAUCCUGCGAACAACCCAAAGAACAGAAUCGUCAAAGCCAGUCCUGACGUGCCCCACUGAGAAGCCUUCUGGCCUAGCCAUCUAUCUGUCCAAAUACCUCCGUGUUAUUUAACACAGCUAUAGGGUUCACAUGUUAUGUGUGUUCCCAAACUUCAUGUGGUCAGGUUGUCCUCAAGGUAGGCUUCUCUAGAGGAGGUUACAGACAAGGAGGUGCUAGAUUCAAACUGACCACUUGUGUUUACAGGAGGUGUGUAUUGGUUGGGGGUGGGGCGUUUGUCCCUCUUAUUUAACAAACUGUCACUGUAAAAGCAAUCACAGAAAAUAAAAGUAAAGUGGUGGCACUGUUGAGGUAUCAUUACUGCAGUGGUCAAAUUAUUUCUCUAGAACUGAGACUCCUGUUUCAGAUUUCAUUUUGUAAUGAGUGACUGGCCUAUAGGGAAAACUCUUCUAGUUUGUAUUUAGAUGUAAAACUGCUCAAACUUUGGUAUGAUCUCUGCUUCCCGGCAAUGUAGAUUUAAAAAACAACUACAUUGGAAGUGUAAUUAGAUGGAUUGUGAUGUAGUCUGGUCUUGCUACUGUCAAACGGAAUUCAUUAUUCAUUUUAUACUUGCCAGUUAUGAGAAACCGACACUUGGCGUUUGUGUUUUCCUUACAUCUGACCUGUGUCUGACCUUAAGAGCCAAACGAUCCUGCCAUUUUUUAUGAUUGUAAAGUUAAUAAAUGAAAUUGGCCAAUACA